AUGGCUCUACAGCGAAGGCUGCAGAUCCAGCUGGAGCUCUUCGUCGACCUCGCCGGCAACGCCGGGUCCGGUUCCGGUUCCGGCGACGCGCAGCUGGUCUUCCAGGUGCAAGAGCUGCAGGCCCAAAGCAUGAAAGACUUGAUGCUGCUGAACUCGAUACCCAUGGAUGGAGAGACCAUGGUCCCGCGGGAGACGGUGACAUUCUUCUGCUUCCAGAGGUGA